ACCAGCUUCACUGCAGUGACAGAGCUAUCAUAGACUCCAAAGCUCUAGAAUACUACAGACACUGUGAACAGCACAAAGGAUCACGUCUCAUCGUCUCUCACCAUGUGCAGAGGACUGGAAUCACUGCCUACCACAUGUCUGGAGAGGGCAAAGGAACUCAAAGCUCUCUUUGGAAGUUUUCUACAGAAGCCAGAUCUGAGCAUCAUCGGUCACUCACACAAGACUGACAAACUAAGGUUAAAUAAGAGUGAACCAUUAAAAUGGAAGGAGUCGUUUGAGAACCUGCUGUCCAACCAAAAUGGACUGUGCUUGUUCCGUGCUUUCCUGGUGUCGGAGUUUAGCGAGGAGAACAUAGCUUUCUACCUGGCCUGUGAAGACUAUAGGAUAACCAAGACCUCCUCAAAGCUAUCAGCUACAGCUAAGAAGAUCUAUGAGGAGUAUGUCUGCAGUGACGCACCAAGAGAGGUCAACCUCGACCAUGAGACCAAAGCCAUCACCAAGAAGAAUCUGGACCACCCCAGCCAGUCCUGUUUCAGCCUGGCCCAGGAGAAGAUCUACGCCCUGAUGGAAAAAGACUGCUACCCUCGCUUCCUCAAAUCCCCCACCUACCUGGAGAUCAGUCGGCAGGUCAAAUCCGGUUAAGACCAUUUAUGGCUUGUUAAGACUGGUUAAGGCUGGUUGAAGCUUGUUAAGACUGGUUAAGGCUGGUUGAGGCUUGUUAAGACUGGUUAGGGCUGGUUGAAGCUUGUUAAGACUGGUUAAGACCAUUUAUGGCUUGUUAAGACUGGUUAAGGCUGGUUGAAGCUUGUUAAGACUGGUUAAGGCUGGUUGUGGCUUGUUAAGACUGGUUAAGGCCAACCUUCAGGUGGUGAAUGAGACACAAAGAAGUCCAUGGGAGACAUGCUGAAAAGGACACACUGGAAACCAGGUGGUCUCACUAGGGUCCUCCUCAGUGGAGGAAGGGUCCUGUGCUGCUGGGUCAAACGUAUGGAGGGGGGGACUGAAGAUGUAUACUAGAUUGAACUGGAAGUCAGUCGGAAGUUGACACUGGAAAUCUUGUCUGUGGCCUAGGAAAGAAGGCCGCUCACUGUGAAGAUUGGAGUAUCGAAGUCUGUAAAAGAGGUCUGUGAAGAUUGAGGUAUCUAAGUCUGUAGGUCUGUGAAUAUUGAGGUAUCUAAGUCUGUAAAAGAGGUCUGUGAAGAUUGAGGUAUCUAAGUCUGUAAAAGAGGUCUGUGAAGAUUGAGGUAUCUAAGUCUGUAAAAGAUGUCUGUGAAGAUUGAGGUAUCUAAGUCUGUAAAAGAGGUCUGUGAAGAUUGAGGUAUCUAAGUCUGUAAAAGAGGUCUGUGAAGAUUGAGGUAUCUAAGUCUGUAAAAGGUGAACAUGUGUCUUGAGGUCAAAGACACAUGAAGAAGUUCCUGUUCAUGGUGUUUGAGCAGAAAGAACAAUGUGAUGGAAAAGGACUGCUUUGCACAAUCACUGAGAAUGUGUUAUAGUUUUGUAUUGUCUGAUGCCUGUCUAUUUAUUUGGGUAUUUAUUAGCAGUCAUUUUGUUAUAGAAAUGUUAUUGAAAUGUUUGUACUGUAGAGUGCACUGGACAGCACUGUCCUGUACCGUUCCACAACAUUUUUUAUAUUUAUGUGUACAUUUUUUAUACCCAGAACUCCUUAUGUGAGAGGAAAUUAUUUGAAUAAAAUCAGAACUAUAUAAAACAUGA